AUUCGUGUCCAAAGGGUAAAAUUUCACUGUAUCUUAUCUUCCAUACAACUACAAUCCUGCAUCUUCAAAUGGCUCAGAAGCUGGUGUUGAAGGUGAUGACCAUGACCGAUGAGAAGACAAAGAAGAAAGCUAUAGAAGCCGCUGCUGAUAUCUUCGGAGUAGAUUCGAUAGCGGCGGAUCUGAAGGAGCAGAAGCUAACGGUGAUCGGAGAGAUGGACACAGUGGCAGUGGUGAAAAAGAUGAAGAAAGUUGGGAAGGUUGAUAUCAUAUCAGUUGGUCCAGCCAAAGAAGAGAAGAAAGAAGAGAAGAAAGAGGAAAAGAAAGAAGAGAAAAAAGAAGAAAAGAAAGAGGAUGACAAAAAAUAAAAAGCACUAAAUUCCAUGUACUU